AUGUCGCUGAAUGACACCGAUGUUCAUAAGCAGAUUCAACGCUUGGUCGCCUUCAUUGAUCAAGAGGCGAAUACUAAAGUAGAGGAGAUUGACGCCAAAGCAGAAGAGGAGUUCCAAAUUGAGAAGUCCCGUUUGGUGCAGAACCAGCGCCUUAAAAUCAUGGACCAGGACUCCAAUUUAAUGCACGAAGCUCGUCUCAAAGUUCUUCACAAUCGGGAACGCUUCAUCGAGGAACUUCUUCAAGAGGCGCGCAAGCGCCUCUAUGUAAUUACAAAGGAUAGUAGCAAAUAUAGUGCUACUCUGGGUGGACUUAUCACUCAGGGUCUUCUCCAGCUUGUUGAACCAGAAGCAACGAUAAAGUGCAGGGCUGAGGACUACGAUCUCGUCAAGUCCCUUGUACCGACUUCGGUUAAGGAGGUGAAGCGACAGACCGGAAUCGAUUGCAACAUAACCGUCGACAAUGCCAACUUUUUACCACAAGACAGCUGUGGCGGCGUUGAGAUCUACGUGCGCCAGGGUCGCAUCUGCGUGAACAACACCUUGGACGCGCGUCUGGAUCAGGUGGCAGAGAAGAUGAUGCCUCGGAUCCGUGAGCAGCUCUUUGGAGUUAACAAGAAUCGCAAAUUCUGCGUCUAG